AUGGCUCCUCGAGGUCUCCAGCGCUCCGCCGUCCUCGCUGCGGCUCUGUUGGUGGGAGGCGUCGCGAGCUCGCCGCUGGUGGCUCCCGACAACAGUGGUAGCCAGACGCUGCACUCUGGGACAGAGACGACGCCAUCGCCCACCAACAAUGCUGAGAACGGACACGCCAAGUACAUCGCGUAUGCUCUGGUCCCCGUCUUCUUUAUCAUGGGUCUCCUUGGUGUCCUCAUCUGCCAUCUGCUCAAGAAGAAAGGGUACCGUUGCACAACGGAAGCCGAAGAAGAGGUCGAAGAAGAAAAGGUUGAGAAGAUAGAACUGAACGACAGUAUAAAUGAAAAUAGUGACACUGUUGGGCAGAUUGUCCAUUACAUCAUGAAAAAUGAAGCAAAUGCAGAUGUUUUAAAGGCAAUGGUAGCAGAUAACAGCAUAGCUGAUCCUGAAAGCCCUGUGACCCCCAGCACUCCUGGGAGCCCACCAGUGAGUCCUGGGCCCUUGUCUCCCGGGGGCACCCCGGGGAAGCACAUCUGUGGUCACCAUCUGCACACGGUGGGCGGUGCCGUCGAAAGGGAUGUGUGUAACCGGUGUCGGCACAAAAGAUGGCACUUCAUAAAACCCGCCAACAAGUCCAAAGAGGGCCGAUCAAGGCGCCAAGGAGAGGUCACCGUCCUUUCUGUGGGCAGAUUUAGGGUCACAAAAGUGGAACACAAGUCAAAUCCGAAGGAGCGGCGGAGCUUGCUGUCUGUUGGUGGGAUUGAAACCGUCAAUGGGGAGGUGCCAGUGACCCCUGUGAAGAGAGAACGGAGCGGAACGGAGUAG